UGGGGGCGGCCGCGGCGAGCUGGGAAGCUGUUCCCGGGGGCGGAGGAGAGGACGAGGGAGGACGGAGGACAUCUUGGAACGAUCGGUGCAGCCGGUCCCGGGUCCAGACCCGGUGCCGCUGGGUAAAGGCAGCAGUAAUGCUGACGCUGGCGAGCAAACUGAAGCGGGAUGAUGGUCUCAAAGGGUCCCGGACGUCAGCCACAGCCUCUGACUCCACUCGGAGGGUGUCUGUGAGAGACAGACUGCUCGUUAAAGAGGUUGCAGAACUUGAAGCUAACUUACCUUGUACCUGUAAAGUGCAUUUUCCUGAUCCAAACAAGCUUCAUUGCUUUCAGCUAACUGUAAGCCCAGAAUUUUUUGUUUUGUUUUGUGUUUUUUUGAUAGAUGAGGGUUACUACCAGGGUGGAAAAUUUCAGUUUGAAACAGAAGUUCCUGAUGCAUACAACAUGGUGCCACCCAAAGUGAGAUGCUUGACCAGGAUCUGGCACCCCAACAUCACAGAGACGGGCGAGAUAUGUCUGAGUUUACUGAGGGAACAUUCGAUCGAUGGCACUGGCUGGGCUCCCACGAGGACAUUAAAGGAUGUUGUUUGGGGAUUAAACUCUUUGUUUACUGAUCUUCUGAACUUCGAUGACCCACUGAAUAUCGAGGCUGCAGAGCAUCACCUGAGGGACAAGGAGGACUUCCGGAACAAAGUGGAAGACUACAUUAAGCGGUACGCCAGAUGAUAGGAGGGGCGCCUGCAGCGCGGACUGUGCUAGAGGGUCGUCUUCAGCUCUCUCGAGGGGGCCUCCAUCCCAGUCCUCGCGCUCCCGCAGACCCACUGGUUCUGCUGGGUCCUGUGACAUGUCCUGCGGAGGAACCUCUUCAUGACUGCCCAUUGUAGACAGAGAGUUCCGCAUAAAUACAGCAAGAAAAUGAGUUUGGGCUCUAAA